CAGGCCGCGCCCCGGGGCGUCCCUCCGGCAGGCGGGGCCGGGGGCGGGCCGAGGCGAGCGGCGGGCGGGCGUGCGGGCCGCACGGCGGGUGGCGGUGCCCGCUGCCGCGGCGCCAUGGAGCUGGCGGGAGCCCUGCAGCUCGGGGAGCUGGCGGCCGCCUUCGCCUCCCUGCCCGUUUUCCCGCUCUUCGACACGGCUUACUUCAUCGUCUCCAUCCUCUACCUCAAGUACGAGCAUGGAGCUGUGGAGAUGUCUCGUAAGAGCCCUUUCGCCUCCUGGCUUUGUGCUAUGCUCCACUGCUUUGGAAGUUACAUACUUGCCGAUCUGUUACUUGGAGAAUCACCUAUUGAUUACUUCAGUAACAACUCCAGUGUCAUCCUGGCCACAGCGGUCUGGUAUUUGAUAUUCUUCUGUCCCAUGAACCUCUUCUACAAGUGUGUUAGCUUUCUGCCUAUGAAGCUCAUCUUCGUGGCAAUGAAGGAGGUGGUCAGAGUUCGCAAAAUUGCGGCUGGGGUCCACCACGCUCAUCACCGUUACCACCACGGCUGGUUCAUUAUGAUGGCUACUGGAUGGGUCAAAGGUUCUGGUGUUGCCUUGCUGUCUAACUUGGAGCAACUGCUGCGUGGGGUCUGGAAGCCAGAAACAAAUGAAAUUCUUCAUAUGUCCUUCCCCACAAAGGCUAGCCUGUAUGGCACAAUCCUCUUCACUCUGCAACAAACCCACUGGCUCCCUAUCUCUGAAGCCAACCUCAUCUUCUUUUUCACCAUGUUCAUGAUAGUUUGCAAGGUUUUCAUGACGGCAACUCACUCUCACGCCUCACCUUUUGCCCCAGUGGAAAGCUUCGUCUGCCCGGUGUUCUUUGGCUCUGUUUCCAGUGGACACACGAGUCAUCGUCAUGAUCAGCACGGGGCCUCCCAUGAGGCAUCCCAUCCUCCGCCUCCUGCAAAGUCAAAAGAGGAGCUAAAUGAAGGCACAAGGAAACGGAAAGCAAAAAAAGCUGAAUAAAAAAGCAAUCGCAUGGUAAAUAGGCCAAGGAAAUUCUUCCAGAGCUGAGUCUUGGAUCCACCUGUGACCUCCUUUAUCCUCUAGCCCUCUCUCAGACUCCAGAGGAGAGGUGGAAGCCAAGACACUGCCAGGCGGGUCCCUGAAUUUCAUUUGUGCUCUCUGUGCUGCUCAUAUUUUCAGGGAUUGGUAGAUUUGUGCCAGGAUGAUAAGUGGGUGCCAGCUCCCAAGCUGUCAGCAAUUAUGAUGCAGCACUUUCAACUGAUGUAAAAUCUUUCACUGUGUUUAUUUAUGAAUGGAGGAAAUGGUUUGUGCUCCCGCAACUCCUCUAAGUUCCUUUGAGUCUUCAUUGACCUUUUUGAUGUCCACCGAAACAACAAACUGUUUAGACACAAUCAAUGUGGAAACUGGAUUUCAUACUCGAGGAAAUUAAAUGGUCUUAUAUGAGCCUGAUCUAAUUUCUCCUAGCUCCCACAUCUGCCAUAUCUCCAGUUAAUGUGACAUUCUACAGGCAAUAAGGACACCGACGCUGGCGUCCUAGCCAAACUCCGUUCCUCUCACCCAAGUUCCCUCUGAUUCUUAAUGGAUAGAACAUUGUCACUUCCUUAACUAAGUCUGUGUUUGCAAGAGCUUUGAAGCUGUGAAAUGCUCCGAGUGCUACAUAUUGGUACCGUUAUUAUUCUAAACCGUUGUGUAGCGUUGCUGCACGUUGUUAACAAUAGCGUGUCCCACCUCAACCCUGAUCGUAUUUAACUAGGGAAGAAGCAUGGUUCUGCUUUGUUUGUAAUCCCGUGGGAUACAAGAAGGGUGUGUGAGUGUAAAUAAGUAUUUAUUACUAUUUAUUUAUAAUUGCCAGGGCACCAACUUCACGGACCUGAAACGGGCUUUUUUAAAAUGUUGCAUCUUUCUAUAGAGAACUGGAUACUUUGGAGUAUGGUCCUAAGCCCACAGCUACAUGCUGGUUUGUGCCUGAAGCAGUGACUUUGGUGUGCGGAAGGACAGCCUGAACACUCCUCCCUGGAUGCAGGAAGGAACAUUGCCUAUAUCCUUAAAUUAAGAUAUAGAGGCUGAAGAAGCGGAUUUCACACCAGCCGAUUAAAACCACUGGAAAGGACUGAUAAAAGCUCACAAGCUGAAGAUAUCGAUUAUCCUUUGUAGGUCCCUUUCAGCCAAACUACUGGUCUGUGAGAGCAGCUUGUGCCCGAUGAGUGAAGAAGAAUAUGAAAUGCCUUGCAUGGCUCAGGGAGGAGUCUGUCAGUUCGUUCAUGUUCUGCUUAGCAAAUACUGGCUUUUAGACUAGUUUGAAGCUCUUCUUAUAACUGAUUUUGUUCUUAAAAGUCUCAUCUUAAGCAUCGCACCCAAAAGACCAGGUUCUGAGGUUUAUGUAAUCGCCAAGGGCUGGGAUCACUGUGGUGAAAAUGCCAUGCGUGGGGCUGCGGCACGGGGCGUUCAGCUGAGCAGCACGUCACCAUCCCUAGCAAUAAGGUUUGCUGCCAUCAUCUUGCCACUGGGAAUAUGAAUCGGAGGGUUUAAGAAAAGUGUUUUUAUUUUUUUGUUUGUGAGUUCCUGUUCAAAAUUGAAAUAGACAGUUAAUUAAAAAUAAUUUAAAAAAAAAAAAAAGUAAUCUUGUCUACAACCAGAUGAAAGGCAGUACAAAAGGGGCAAAUGAUUUGCGGGCUUAGGUUUUGACAGUGCCUUAAUUUUGUGAGUUUCCCUCCCUGUCAGUAGAAAACUGGAGUUCUACCUGACAACUCAACGGUCUGGUUCUGCAGAUGCUGGUCUAUUGAAACCUGAUGUCUCACUAGCAUGCGCAAGACUAAAUGUUUUACAAGAUGUCUGAUUCAAGGGGAAUUUUGUUUUAUAAAAGCUGUCAACAAAUAAAAAUUGUGAAGUGACUCUGAUUGUCCGCUGGCA